AUGGAUACGGCUCCCCUAUCUCCUCAGCAGCGCCGCUGUGCCUCGAGUGCCGAGCAUGAUCUUGGCAUUGUCCCCCAAACCAUUGCAUAUCACCGAAUGCUGGCCCAUCUUGGUCCGGAUGGUGGUUAUGACGAGUUCGACGACGUGGACCAUUCCUUUAGUGACUCUGACUCUGAGGACAUGGCAAAACACCCCAACAACUCCUACCCGGCUCACCCAGGAAGAAACAAUGAAACCAAGCAGUCGGACCCCGAUGAGGAUCGCGUUCCUGUCUUUGCCAUCAGUUUCCAACACCUUCUACUUACGCACUCUGGCCCCCGUACUCUGAGUGAAGAGCGCCUGUGUAUCAAUUCGUCUCCACGACCCGGGCUCUGGGUAACCGAACCCAACCUCGGGCUCUCCGACCUUGACAUGGGGUUCCUUUCUCAGCUUGCUCAGCUUUGCAUUCAUACCAACAUCAAGGGAUGCAGCCGUGACCAGUGCCGUGUCCAAAGAGCUGCCGUGGACAAAAUCGCACCGCAAUGCGACUGGAGUGCUUUCAGAGAAUGGGCUCUGGUCACCAUGUCUUGUCCAGCUGCCACGAGCACGAAGGAUAAGGAAUCUCCGGCCCAUACUCAUAUUGUUACUGUUGUGUAG